GCCUACUUCCGCGCUAGCAAACUACAAAAACAAACUUGAUCUUGAUUGUUAAUGAGUUGGAAGUUGGUGGCAACAACUUCCUCAGACAGAAAAUUUACUUCCUUUCCAAUAUAUUCAUGAUAUUGAAAAUUUCUUGUAUGUUCCGGUGUCAUGUUCCAUAGGUGUCCCAAAAAAGUGGUGACUGGAGCUUCUCUAAUAUGGGCUGGCUUCAUGAUCUAUCUUCUGGCUCAUGUUCAGAAUUUUGCUGACUAUGGAGGAAGGUUCAAGACAGGAGCAAAGUAUGCCCAAGAGCUUGUGUCAAACAUCAGUCAUUCAACUUUUAACAAAGCAGAAAUAGCAUUAACUGAACCAACUGCUAGUCAUCACACCAAAAGCAAUGUAAUCAAUGUAAUCAUACAAGCCAGAGAAGACAAUUUGGGUGGACUCAUUAGUGCUCUUAAUAGUGUCGUUGUCAACACGAAAAACCCAGUCAGUUUCUAUUUGAUUGUGCCUGAUGAAACCACAUCCCACUUGCAGGAAUGGAUGAAAGUCCCUGAACUCUCAAAUGUUCAAUACUCACUUGCCAAGCUACCUACAGACUUGGAAACAUAUUCUAAUGCUGGCAAAUUUGCUUUUAUUGAUCUCUUCCCAUCACUACAUGGCCCUGCAAUUUAUCUUGAUCCAGAUGUUAUUGUUCAGGGUGAUGUGGCCGACCUACUCGAUACACCGUUCCUAUUUAAAGAUCUAGGAGCUUUCUCAGACGAUUGCCACACAGGAUCUGUUUCCAAAAUGGUGGCCUCCCGCGGCGAAACCCGAUACGCUUCUCGUUUGAAUCUCAAGCAACCUACUAUCGCUAAACUCAAUCUCAACCCACUAACUUGUACGUUUAAUACCGGGGUCUUUGUUAUUUCUGACGUCGAUUCUUGGAGGAAAGAAAAAAUAUCAGAUACAGUCCUAGAUUUAAUUCAUUCGCAUGAAAGGUCUUCUAUUAUGGGACCUCAAGGAGGAUCGGAUGUAGUUGAAGCCGCUAUAUUGGCCGCUUUCUACCGACGAACAUCGCCGCUCGAUCCACUGUGGCACGUCAGAAAUUUAGGUGUAACGAGAGGUUCGAGAUAUUCGCCUUUUUUCCUUAGCAACGCCAAACUGUUACAUUGGAACGGCCAUUUCAAACCGUGGAAAUCGAGUCGCAGCUACGGAAGCACUUUUGAACAAAAACUAUGGGACAAUUACUUUAUCCACGAUCCACUAGGCCGCUUUGUGCCAAUUCGCAAGAAGAAAUCUGAGAUUUAAAUUUACCUCUUUUUUUUUAUUAUUAUAUAGAAAUGUGUGCGUGUUAUCAACUGAAUUGUAAUAGAGUCAUUUAGAGAGA